AUGGUGGAUCAAAUUGAAAUGGCUUUGGAUGAUAUUAUAAAAGCAAACAAGAAAACUCCAAGAGGAGGCGGUGCUGGGCGAAAAUUUAAUACAAAUAGAAGAGCUGGAGGAGCCCGUGGUGGUGGUGGUGGAUUUAGAAAUGGUCGUACAGGUGGCGUAAUACGUGGAAGAAAUCGUGGCGGUAUAACUAAGUCAACAAAUUACACAAGGGGCGAUGUUAACAGCACUUGGAAACAUGACAUGUUCAAUGAUUUUGCUGAAAGGAAGAUUCAGAGAAGUGGUGGUGCUCUAACAACUGGGCCUACCAAACUUCUAGUGUCCAAUCUGGACUUUGGAGUUUCAGACUCCGAUAUACAGGAGCUGUUUUCAGAAUUUGGUGUUCUGAAAAGUGCAGCUGUACACUAUGAUAGAUCGGGGAGAUCUUUAGGUACUGCUGAUGUUGUUUUUGAAAGGAGAGCUGAUGCAUUGAAGGCUAUGAAACAAUAUAAUGGUGUACCACUUGAUGGUAGAGCAAUGAACAUACAAUUGGCCACAUCUGAAAUCAACACAUUCAGGAAUGAAGACAGAGGACGUCUUGCUGGUGGAGGUGGUGGCGGUGGCAGCAGUGGCAGUGGACCUGCUAGGAGAAGUGCAAAUAGAGGAGGUGGAAGAAAUCAAGCAGGAGGUACCCGUGGACGCGACAAUCCUCGUCGUGGUGCAGGCAGAGGUGCAGGGCGCGGCAAACGACCUGUACCGACUGCAGAACAAUUAGAUGCGGAACUAGAUGCCUAUGUAAAAGAAAUAAAGUGA